AUGGCCGAGAUAGCUGGGCUCGCCCUCGGCGCUGUGGGACUGGUGACCAUGAUUGGUGCCUUCAAAGAUGCCAUCGAUCUGUUCACACUCCUCUCAGACACCCGCGAUCACGGUCGUGAUUACGAAAUUCCAGUUGCGAAGCUCGAUAUUGAAAAGACUAUGCUUCUGCAAUGGGCCGAUCGAGUCAGACUUGUGAGCGAGGAGUACGACAGGCGCUUGGACGACCCGGAUACCCAAAAGCUUGUUACUGAGAUAUUGUCAUGUAUCUCGCUACUACUUGGUGAUUCUACGAAACUUCAACAGCGCUAUGGCAUGAGUGAGGUCUCACCAAACGAUCAGGAGCUCCCACGUACUGAGGCCAAACGCCUUCCGCGCAUUGGAGAGGAUCGAACGACUAGGUUCAUCAAUGAUUUCAAGAGAAUGAACCUACGAAUUAAUGCGCAGUCGUCGACCACUUCGACGCGCAAAAAGUUCACCUGGGCCAUUAGGGACAAGCAAAAGUUUGCCACGCUUAUCGACGACUUAUCCUAUUUCACAUUGAAGAUCAACGCUAUCACGCCGGUUCUACCCCACGAAGACUUUUGUCAACAAGAAGCAAUUGAUGCAGACCUAGCGAAUAUUACUGUGCUCAGUAGUGGUGAUCUCCGCCCACUCAGUAUUCUUCUAUCUGCGUCCGCCGACAACCAGCAUAACCUUGCUGAAUCAAUACGUCAUUCUUACACCCAGGCUUGUCAGAAUCGCAUAUUGUCUUUGCUUUGGUUUAGAAAAAUUGAUGAUCGUCGGGAGAGCAUCGCUGUGGCCCACGAGAAGACUUUCUGCUGGGCUCUCGAACCUCCAGGGCAGACUGAUCAGAAGUGGGAUAGCCUAUUAGAAUGGCUCCAGUAUGAUUUCGGAAUGUAUUGGAUCUCUGGCAAGGCUAGAAGCGGCAAGUCGACCUUGUUGAAAUAUCUUCACUCAGAAGUUCAAAAAAGGCAACUACUAUCGCCAUGCGCGGAUGGACAUCGGUACCAGCUGUAUAGCUUCUUCUUCUACCAUCUCGGCACCAUGCAGCAGAAGUCACAGGACGGUCUCCUCAGGGCGCUCCUAUACCAGAUCUUGGAAACCCAUAGGUCUUUGAUACCUGACAUCCGCACAUGUGGAAAGAAAUCCAUGAUUCCCAUCAUUCCUUUUGAUGUCAAAGAUAAGGCACGUAAAGUAGUAGGGCUGAUUCAAGAACUGAGGGACAUGGAAGGAGCAUCAACCACGCCAAGCGGUUGUGAUAUCGAUGGAAUGGAGAGCGACGAGGAGUACGACUCUGAUAAUGGCGAAGACGGGAAUGGAGAUAGUGAUGAAAACGAGGAUGAAGCACAUGUUGGAGAGGAUCCGGAAGAAGGCGACAGUGCCAUCAGACUCGAUGUGAGAGAGCAAUGUGCCGAGGGGUCUCGAACUCCUCCACACGGUCUCUCAAUUCACGGAGGGAGUCAUCGCCUGACCUCGACUAUCCCCCAAUUACUGAAAAGACGUAGAAGCGCAUCUCCUAUGUCAGAAGGUUUGCACAAGGCUAAGAAGUCGAGUCUUGCAGUUGAAUGGUUGUCUGAGAUGACGCUCCGCAGUAUUGUGAGUCAAGCAAACGACAGCGACAGAGCACCGAUACAUGUGUACUGUCAUAUAUACGAGUUUUAUAAACCGAACCUAAGAAUAUGCACGCUUUGCUAUGCUAUUAUAUACAAAGAGGGUAUCGAUAAUGACAGCGUAGAAUUGAACGCACACGACUCCGGGUCCCUAGUUGGCGUUGGCUCUUGA